AUGGAAAACAAUACUCCCAAACUGGAAUCUUCAGCCUCCGAUGAUCCCAUUUCCGAAUCUAGACCUAACCCACGAGAAAAUGGUCCUGAGAUCCCCAAAUGGAGGCUCGUUUGUCUAUGUAUCAGUCUAUGUUUCGGUCUUUUCCUUGCACUGCUCGAUACCAGUAUCGUAGCAACAGCUCUUUACACCAUCGGGGCGGAGUUCAAUUCUCUCAACUCUGUUUCAUGGAUUGCUCUCGCCUACACCUUAUCCUACCUAGGCUGUGCUGUUUUAUUGGCUCGAAUUGGUGAUAUUGCUGGUCGAAAGAAUGCAUAUAUUGCAGCAUUCAUUAUAUUCUUCGCCUUCUCAGUUACAUGCGGAUUUGCGCAAACACUCAAUCAACUUAUUGCAUUCAGAGCUUUGCAAGGAAUAGGGGGUUCAGGUCUUUAUUCUCUGACUAUGGUUAUCUUCACAGAGAUUAGUCCCGCGGGAAUGAGGAGAUGGAUCGGAAGUUUGGCUAGUGCUGUGGUUGCAAUGAGCGGAGUGCUUGGUCCGGUUAUCGGAGUGGGAAUAGUCUUUUGGAUCUUGCUCUUCGCUUGGGAGUUCACAGUGCAGAAAAAAUGGGAAGAAAGACUCGCAACGAUGUUCCCAUGGAGACUCAUCAAGAAUAGAUUCUACAUGUUUGGUUUGGCCACGACUUUACUUAUGGGAUUUACAUAUUUUGUUGUAAUUUAUAGUUUGCCACUACGAUUCCAAGUUGUAAAUGGGAAGAGUCCGUUAACCGCAGGACUGGGGUUAUUACCUAUGUUAGGAUCAACAGCAAUAGCGAGUUUUCUUGGUGGAAUACUCAACGGAACGAAAAAUAGGGUAUUUUUGACUCUUCUCGCGGGAUCUGGACUGAGUGUUAUAGGCACUAGUUCGCUGUCUACAUUAUCGAAUACCGAAUAUGUGGAAGCAAAGACCUAUGGCUUUCUAGUAUUUGUUGGAUUAGGGUUCGGUUUGACAGUAUCCACGGUAUCGAUGCUAUCAAACUACGAAUCAUCUAUCCGCGAUCACGCCGUCGCACAAGGCAUCACAUCGCAAGCGCGCAUUCUAGGCGGCAGCAUCAGAAUAGCAGCCAGUACCGCUAUUCUCGGUUUAGCACAACAAACGCAAUUAACUGGCAUCGUGAGUCCGGAACAACUUGCUUCGUUAGAGUCUUCGGCAAAGUCGAUGACAGAUUCACAACUCCAUGCAGUGAGACAAGCGUACUCGGAUUCUUUUAGCGAGGAUAUGAAAGUAUGCGCGAUAGUUGCGGGUGUUUGUGUUUUGGUAACAGUAGGGACGUGGAAGAAGAACCCGGUUACGAUUGAGCAGAGACUGAGAGAGCAGAUUGCGGAGGAAUUUCAGAGGGCGAAGGGUCAAGUCACUCAAGUGAGAGUUUCGGAAGAGCUGAAAUCUUGA